AUGGAGGACACCCAGGCUAUUAACUGGGAGGUUGAAGAAGAGGAGGAGACAGAGAGACCCAGUGAAUCCUUGGGGUGUAGCUUGGAGCCCGUAGGGCGAUUGCAUAUCUUCAGUAGUGCCCAUGGACCAGAAAAAGAUUUCCCCCUGUACCUCGGGAAGAAUAUGGUGGGCCGAAUGCCUGAUUGCUCUGUGACCCUGCCCUUUUCAUCCAUCUCCAAACAACAUGCAGUGAUUGAAAUCUUGGCCUGGGACAAGGCACCUGUCCUCCAAGAUUGUGGCAGCCUCAAUGGUACUCAAGUCCUAAGGCCUCCUAAGGUCCUAAGCCCAGGGGUGAGUCAUCGGCUGAGGGACCAGGAGUUGAUUCUCUUUGCUGACUUGCCCUGCCAGUACCAUCGCCUGAAUGUCCCCCUGCCCUUUGUUUCCCGGGGCCCUCUAACUGUAGAAGAGACACCCAGGGUACAGGGAGGAACUCAACCCCAGAGGCUCCUGUUGGCCGAGGACUCGGAGAAUGAAGUAGAUUCUCCUUCUGAAAGGUGUGUGAAGAAAGAACUAAGGACCUCCCCUUUGGCAGCAGUAGUUCCAGAGAGUGAUGAAGAGGGGCCUUCUCCUGCCCCAGACGGCCCUGGGCCACCGUUUGCCUUCAACCUGGACAGCGACACAGAUGAGGAAGAAAGUCAGCAUCCAGCAGCAGGAGAGUCCUCCUUAGCUGCCAGAGGAGGCUCCACUGCAGAGACACAACAGCCUAAAGCUGUGGCAACUGAAAUCCAGCUUGAAAAGGAUCAGUGUUCAGUGAAAGAGAGGAACAAUGAUACCAAAGUUGAGAGGGAUGCAAGGAAUGGGGUGGUCCCACUUGGGGCCACUCUGGAGAGAAACCAAACUGCUGGGGAGGACAGUGACACAGAUGUGGAUGAAAGCAGGCCUGCUGAGGUCCAUUUGGAAAGGGCCCAGACUUCUGGCUUCAUAGACAGUGAUACUGAUGUGGAAGAAGAAGGGAUCCCCGCAACCCCAGCUGUAGUUCCUAUGAAAAAGAGGCAAAUCUUCCAUGGAGAUAGUACAAAGAGUCCUCAGGCACCUGCUUUGGUACAUCUACAGGAGAGCCCAGCUGGUAGUGAUACAGAUGUGGAGGAACGUGAGCUCCAACUGGCAGUCCCUUCGGAGGGAAACCAAGCCUCCGUGGUGAUUGACAGCAAUACAGAUGCUGAGGAAGAGGUCUUAGCAGCGCUCACUUUGGCACGUCUGAAAGAGAGCCGAGUCGAUACAUGGAAGAGAGAGAGAGAUGCGGAACAGGAUAGGGCCCAGCCUGUGGCCCUUCUGGAGCGAAGCCAAACCUCUGCUGGGAGAGACAGUGACACAGACGUGGAGGAGGAGGGGCUCCCAGUAGAAAAGAGAGGAACUGUUCCUAAGUGUCAUACAGACAAGGCACAUUCAGAAAAGAGGCAGUCUCCUCUCCGAGACAGUGAUUUAGGGGUGGACAAAGAUAAGAGCUCAUUUGGGGUCCACCUGGAGAGAAGCCAAGCCUCUGCCACAGUGGACAUCAACACACAAGUGGAGGAGAAAGUCCUAUCAGGGCCAGCUGUUAUACUGGUGGAGAAGCAUCAGGUGCCUAUGGUGUGGACAAAUCAAACAGAUGUGGAAGUAGAAGGGGGCCAAGCAAAGCUGCCUGUGGUGCAUCUGGAGGAAGCCCAGCCUCCUCCACCUGGGGACUGUGAGAUAGAUGCAGAAGAGGGCACAUCUUUAGCAGCCUCAGUGGUGGCAGAUGGAGGAAAGUGCGAGCUUCCGGCAGAAGGGGAUGCUGGGACAGAAUGGGUUGCAGCUGUUCUUGAGCGGGAGAGGGCUCUUGAGGCGAGAGCCCAGGGUGAGUCCCUUGUGUCACAGGUGGAACAGGAUCUUCUCCCUGUCUCGAGGGAGAACCUUACAGAUCUGGUGGUGGACCCAGGUACUUCAGGGGAACCCAUCCAGGCACAGAGAGAGGGAGCCCAGACCCCCACAGAAAGGGAGAGAGAACCACAUGUGGACAAGACCAAGGACUCUGGGGACAACCAUGGGGAUUCUGAAGACCUGGACCUACAGGCUACCCAGUGCUUUGUGGAGAGAGACAAUCAGAGCCCAGAAGCAGUCCAGAGCAUGGAGGAUGAAGCUACCCAGGCCUUCCUGGUUACUCUACCCCAGGAGCCUGGCCCUUCCUGUUGCCGUAUCCAGGCCCCAGGUGCCCUGGAUGAGCCGUGGGAAGUCUUGGCAACACAGCCAUUCUGUCCGAGAGAGUCUGAGGCCUCUGAGCCCCAGCCCAUUGCUGCCCGUCUUGAUGCCCAUGGAUCUUGCCCCUCUGCACCUAAGACAACACCACAAGCCCAACAUCCAGAGAGCCCAGUUCAUGAAGAGCCACUGGGGAUUCGAGGCAGAGGGAUGCAGACUGUGGAGAAAGACAUGGGUACACCAAGAGAAGCAGCAGAGGGGGUGGCCCCUGAGAGAGGACUAUUGAACAGGGAAACCAAGAACCUGCUAGCGGGAGAGAGAGAAGAUGUGACAGGAGAAGAAGAAUUAACCAGAGGGAGACAGGUGUUAGCUAGAGAUAAUCAGGAACAAGAGUCUGACCAAAAGGUGAAAAGUACAGGUAUUAAAAGGAAUAUGGAGGGUUUCAACACAGAAAUGGAGAUACCCAGGGAAGUACAAGAGGAAGAGAUAGGAAAGCAGACUCCUGCAAGAGAAAUAUUUGAGAGAGAAGCAAAGAAACUAGUACUAAAGAGAGGGGGUGAGUCAAGUGUAUUAGGCGUUGAGGUACCAGAAGUAAAACUGGAGAGAGGCCCCCAGAGAGGGGAGACAGAGAAAGGGAGCCAGGACAAGGGAGGGCAGGCCUCCAGUCUAACACCAGAGCCUAGAGCAGGGACGGGGGACCAUCAGGGACUUGCUUCAGCCCCAGGAGCUUCUGGGAGCCAGUCAGGUGGAGCCCCCAUGAGCCCCAGGAGGCAGCAGAGAGGCCACUUGACUUGCAAGAUGCCACCUGCUGAGAAGGCCUCUGCGGUGAGAGCUGCUUUUUCUACCUCUGGUGAUCAGGAAUCCGCAGAUGCUUGUCUGCCUCCUGCAGUGCCUGAAGCCUCAACCCCACACCACAACCCCCUCCUCUCUCAGAGUCAAAAACAUCCUGUGCCCCAGCCCUUCCUUUCUCCCUCUCCAUCUUCUUCAGAGCUCAUUCCCAGGACCAGACAAAAUGGGAAUCAGGAAGUUCCAGAGACUCCCUUGUCCUCAGAGAUGGAGCCUCUCCACCCAAAAUCCAAAGUCAGGCUCCGAGGGUCCUCCAGGAAGACACCCUCUGCAGUUUCUUCUUUAGCCCUUGAACCUCACUCUCCCAUCCCCACAGACCAGCCCCUCAGUCCUGAGCUCCCAUCUCGGGUCACUCGGGGCAGGACACGUAGGUCCUCUGUCAAGACCCCUGAACCAGUUGUCCCCUCAGCCCCUGAGCUCCAGAAUUCCGCUUCCAAAGACCAGCCUGUUACCCCUGAGCCCACAUUGCAGGUCACUCGGGGUCGGGCACAUAGGUUCUCUGUCAAGAGCCCUGAACCAGUUGUUCCUAUAGUCCCUGAAGUCCAGCCUUCCACCUCCAGAGAGCAGCCUGUCACUGCUGAGCUUAUCUCUCAGGGCAGGACCCGUAAAUCUGUCAAGACUCCUGAACCGGUUGUCUCCACAGCCACUCAGGGCAGGGCACGUAGGUCUUCUGUCAAGACUCCCAAACCAGUAAUCCCCUCAGCCCCCAAGCUCCAGCCUUCUACUUCCACAGACCAGCCUGUUACCCCUGAGCCCACAUCGCAGGUCACUCGGGGCAGGACACGUAGGUCCUCCAUCAAGACUCCUGAACCACCUGUCCCCACAGCCCCUGAAACCCAACCUUCCACCUCCACAGACCAGCCUGUCAUCACUGAGCCCACAUCUGGGGCCACUCACAGCAGGACACACAGGUCUUCUGUCAAGACACCUGAACCAGUUGUCCCAACAGCUCCUGAAGUCCAGCCUUCCAUCCCCACAGACCAGCCUGUCACUCCUGAGCCCACAUCUCGGGUCACUCGGGGCAGGACACGUAGGUCCUCUGGCAAGACCCCUGAACCAGUUGUCCCCUCAGCCCCUGAGCUCCAGACUUCCACCUCCAAAGACCAGCCUAUCAUCCCUGGGCCCACAUCUGGGGCCACUCACAGCAGGACACACAGGUCUUCUGUCAAGACCCCUGAGCCAAUUAUCCCAACAGCUCCUGAAGUCCAGCCUUCCAUCCCCACAGACCAGCCUGUCAUCCCCAAACCCAAAUCUCAGGGCAGGACGUCCAGGUCUUCUGUCAAGACCCCUGAGCCAGUUGCCCCCACAGCCCCUGAGUUCCAGCCUACCACCCCCAGAGGCCAGCCUGUCACCCCCAAACGUACAUCUCGGGGCAGGACACCUAGGUCUUCUAGCAAGACCCCCAAAUCAGUUGUCCCCACAGUCCCUGAGCUCCAGGCUUCCACCCCCACAUACCAGCCUGUCACCCCCAAACUCCCAUCUCAGGCCACUCGGGGCAGGACACAGAGGUCCUUUGUCAAGAUCCCCCAACCAACUGAGCCCACAGCCCCUGACCUUGAAUCUCUCACCCCCACAGAUCAGCUGGUCACCCCCAAGGCUCAGGGUAGUCAGGAUAAGACACUGAGGUCUUCUACAAUAAGUGCUGUGCCAGUUCUUACCACCCCUGAAUUCCAGUCUUCUGUGCCCACAGACCAGCCUAUUCCCCCUGAGCACAUUCCUCAAGCCAGUUGCCGCAGGAGGCUGAGGGCCACUGGGAAGUAUGAGUCCCUCAGGGCUCCCAUUGUCCGUGAGCCCUACUCUGCACUCCCUGAACCUAAAUCUCGGUCCUCAAGGAACCAAAGACCAGGAGCAGUGAGAGUAGUUGAGUCCCGCAGGACCAUUCCCAAGCCUGCCUUUGCCCAGCUUCCUGAGGCCCCCACUCAUACUACCCAGAUCCAAAAGGUAGAGGCGGCAGGAAGAUCUGCGGUCACCCCAGAGCCCCUGCCUAAGGCCUCUCAGACCCGGAAGAGGCCUUUGGCUACUGUGGAUUCACCCCCACUUCAAAAACGGCUCCAAAGAGGGGAAGUCACCCAGAAGACAGUUUUCCUCAAGGAAGAGGAAGGAGAUCUAACGGAGAGGCCAAGGAAGGAGGAGGAUGUAGUGGUUCCAGGACCAGGCAAGAGAAAGAGAGACCAAGCAGAGGAGGAGCCCAAGGGAAUCCCAAGCCGCAGCCUUCGAGGGACCAAACCUAACCAAGAGUCCACAGCCCCGAAAGUACUCUUCACAGGAGUGGUGGAUGCCCGUGGAGAGCGGGCAGUGCUGGCCCUGGGAGGGAGUCUGGCCAGCUCAGUGGCAGAGGCUUCCCACUUGGUGACUGAUCGAGUCCGACGCACGGUCAAGUUCCUCUGUGCCCUGGGGCGGGGGAUCCCCAUCCUCUCCUUGGACUGGCUGCACCAGUCUCGCAAGGCUGGUUGCUUCUUGCCCCCGGAUGAAUAUGUGGUGACUGAUCCUGAGCAGGAGAAGAACUUUGGCUUCAGCCUUCGAGAUGCCCUGAGCCGGGCUCGGGAGCGAAGGUUGCUGGAGGGCUAUGAAAUCCACGUGACCCCAGGAGUCCAGCCACCACCACCUCAGAUGGGAGAGAUCAUCAGCUGCUGUGGAGGCACUGUUCUACCCAGCAUGCCCCGGUCCUAUAAGCCACGGAGAGUUGUGAUUACAUGCUCCCAGGACUUCGCUCGAUGCUCUGUCCCAUUUCGGGUUGGCCUGCCCAUCCUCUCACCUGAGUUCCUGCUGACAGGAGUGCUGAAGCAGGAGGCCAAGCCAGAGGCCUUCCUCCUCUCCACUUUGGGAAUGCCAUCCUCCUGAAAACGUCACCACAGUACUCUUUUCCCUCCCAGACCAGUAAAUGAAGCGUUAGAAAAGAUUUGGAAGAAAGAACCUAGGGCUUUAGAAGGGAUUGGGGUAUACUGACCUGAUUUGUCUUGGAACAUGGGUGGGGCUGAAGAGGCUCAUGGAUAAACAAAAAGAUAGGGGGAGUUGGAGCCACUGAUUUCUUAAAGGGCCACUUAGAGUUGGGUAAUCCCAUACUCAGAUAUCUUAAGUGGCUACCCUUAGCAGGACUGAUGUCUUCACUGCUCU